CUUGCUUCUCUUUCUCCCAAAUCCACUCCCCCUUCUUCCAACCCUCAAUCAGAGCUUGUUUAUCCUGUGUGAAAGAUUCUUCCCCUAAACCCCAUUAUAUGUGCGAAAAUGGGAUCCGAAGCUAUGGUUCCAGAAUGGGCAUCGGAGCCUUGCAUAAUGGGAAUCGACGAAGCCGGAAGAGGUCCCGUUCUUGGUCCUAUGGUCUAUGGCUGUUUAUACUGUCCUCUCUCCUACAAGAAAACCCUAGCUACUUUGAGUUUCGCCGAUUCUAAGACUCUGAAGGAAGAGAAGAGGGAGGAAUUAUUUGAAGCUUUGAAAGGCAACGAUUCUAUUGGAUGGGCUGUUGAUGUCAUUGAUCCAAAGGAACUCUCUGCUAAAAUGCUCAAGAAGAAUAAGAUAAACUUGAAUGAGAUAUCACAUGACUCUGCUAUGGGCCUCGUUGAUAGGGUCCUCAAAAUCGGAGUGCUUCUAACCGAGGUUUAUAUUGAUACGGUCGGAGAUCCAGGGAAAUAUGAGGCAAAAAUGUCUAAAAAUUUCCCAUCUAUCAAAUUUGCUUCGAUUGAUUGA